AUGCCUACAACAAGAAGAUCGGCCGCCAGCGCCCGGGGUCGCCCUGGUCCAGCCAAGGGACAAUCGACAAUCAGCUUUUCGGGCAAGGUUACAAAGGCCGUGCCCAAGGAUUUGAAGAAGGCAGUAGUAGAUUCGCCAACGAUUGCUAGAACCACCAUCCCCGAGCGGCCAGCGUCAAAAGACGAAGUUCGUAAACAAGAAGAAGCCGUUAAUGCCGUCGCAGAAGAACCAGACGUUGUUGAGCCGGAGCAAGAGGAGGAGGUAAAAGAAAUUGUUGAACAAAUUCCGGAGAAAUCAGAGGCUGAGCUUAAGGCUGAAAAGAUUACUGAUGCUCAGGUCAAAUCGUACUGGAAAGGGAUUGAGAAGCAGCGCAAGGCACCUCGAGUACACCAGCAAGAUCUCGACUUGGGCGAGAAAGUGCUAAGAUACUUCGACGUAAGCUCGCAGUACGGACCUUGCAUCGGAAUGACUCGCUUGAAGCGGUGGCAACGGGCUGAGCGAUUGGGUCUGAAUCCUCCUAUUGAAGUUUUGGCGGUCCUUCUAAAGGAGGAGAAUAAGGACAACAUUGAGGUGGAGACUGCGCACAUGGAUCGGAUAAUGAAUGCUACGGCUUUAUUUACAUAG